GCGCCGCCCGCCGGGCUCUCGGCCCCGCCCCGCUCUGCUGUGGACCCCAGAGCCUUGUGGUCCUGGCGCCAGGCCGCAGAGCCCGGGCCGGCUGGCGCGUCCUCUCGCUCGACUGCCCGCAGGUCUCCGCCUGGGAGGCCGGGGUGCAGCCUCCAGUGCCCAUUCCAGGUGAUGAGGCAGCUGGCAGGGUCACCCCAAGGGCACUCCCUGGCGACUCUGAUGUUGGGAGUUCAGAGGCUGGGAGCAGGGAGGAAAGGGCAUUGGGACCCCAGAGUCGCCUUUGGGGCGCUACUGGUCUGGUCGCGCAGCCUGGCUGAGAGAGGACGACUCCAGAACACCAGUGUGGUGAGGGGCUGGGGUCUCAGGAAGCAGCGCACUUGGCCUUGGGGGCAGAGAGGGCAGGGGAGUGGAGUGUGCCAGGUCCUGACAGGACCUUACCUGCUGGCACCAGGUAAACGGAGGGAGCAGCGGCCGGUCUUGCUCGGCGGGGCUGGGGUAUUGGUGGGGCAGGGUGGGCAGGGCAGAGGGGCUGGGCGGGAAGGCCAGAGAGUAGCCAGCCAUGGAAGCCUAUUUGGAUCGUACUGUGAGGGCCGGGAAGCAGUAACAAAGUUUGGAGCAGGGAAUGGCUUGCUUGCGUUUGCGACCCUGGAAAUGCCCCAAGCCUGCCCAGGGCGUAGGUGGCAGCGGUGCGGCCAGCGGCUGUGGAGGGGGGCCGGCCAGGAUUUCAGGCUGGACACAGGUGUGCGGAGACAGACCCUGGGACCAGUGCGAGGCUGCCACCCGGGACGGGCCUGGGUCAGCCUGGAGUUCUCCCUGCUGCCACUUCCGCUCCCAUGGAGUCUCCGUCCGUGGCGCGGCCUGGCGGUGUGCCCCAGUCCAGCCCCUGCCUCUCUGACUCUCAGCACCACUGUGCACGACGGGCACAAGCCCCCUGGUCUGUGUCCCCGAGGUCACGUGGCUCACGGUUGGGGGGGGGGUGCCCGGGGGUGGCAGCAGGGAAGAGGUAGCCCCCGGGGUGUUGGCACCUGGCACUGCGGUGCGGCCAGCUGCUUCCCGAGGAGCCGGGCCUGGACCGAGCUAGUAGUGGGCCCACUAAGGACUUGUGUCCUGGGUACUAGUACCCUUCACUUCCUUUAAGGGGGCUGUUUCUCUGCUUAAAAGAAGUAAAAUCAGAAGCUUGGAAAAAGGAAUGACUCAUGCACAGUUGGUCAUGGGAUGGGGUAGGUCCCAGAGGGAGGCCGCCGCCACCUGGUCAGCCCCAACUUGUCCCGUGGAAGCAGUAGCCCACGUGUUGCCCUGGCCCCCGGUCACAACCCUGCUCCCAGCUGCUUCUGAAGAGUGAGCGGGAUGCAGCAGGGCCUAGCCAGUCACACACGCGGCACUGCUAGGGCUGCCCUGACGUGGGCAGCCUUUGACCUGGAUAAUGUUGG